AUGGCUAGGGCUAAAGCGAAUAAAAAAUCAGAUAACCCUGGUGUCAUUGGAACGACUGCUCGUGAAUCAGAAAGUGGAAGUGCUCAGGAUAUUUGCUCAGGGCGGAGAAUCGUUGAUAUUCCAUAUCUUGCCGAAAAAUUGAAAUGUCAUUCGUGUCAAGAACUACUAUCCCUGAAAAAUAUUGAACGUGAAAAGAGAAUGGGGCUCCAUUCACUUUUCACCAUCAGGUGUAAAAAGUGCUUGAAAACGACAAUAGUUUCAACGGGUAAAACCCACACCACACGAGAUUCUCAUCAGCACGCUGAUGUGAAUACCAAAGCAAUACUCGGUACCGUUCAUGCUGGUGUGGGAUGUACUGGACUGAACAAAGUACUGGCAUGUCUAAAUGUACCAACUGUAUCCAGUAAUUUAUUCAAACGCUAUGAAAGAGAAGUUGGUCCAGCAAUAGAGGAAUCUGCCAAAGAAAGUUGUAGGAGAGCUGCGCAAGAGGAACGAAAACUUGUCAUCGAAAAUAUCGAUAAGCUUUGCGAUGAAUUGUGA